ACUACUAGUCCAGUUGCUAUGAUACAACCAAAAAAAAAGAAAAUCAAUUGUAGUGAGGAGCGAAGACUCAAAAAUUGUGAAUAUCUCUUCACACACCAAACAUGGAGAAUAUUCUCAGAAUCCUAAUCAUCUUCGCAUUCCUAUCUUUACUAGUCGACGCCGCCGUAUCCAUCCCACCCGCCGACCGCCACAACUACCACAUCAGAGGUGAAAAUGCAUCCCCCUCUGCUACGGUGAGGAUGAGGUCCACCUUUUCUCUGCAAGGGAACACCUUCGCGAAGUUCUUGAAUAAAUUGAACAAGAAACCCACAAAGGAUGUUGAUGGUGUCUUAGAAAAGCUGGCCAAUUUCAAAUCCUCCGGAAAAACAAAAAUAUCAAAAUUCAUGAAAGUACUGCAGGAUUUGCAUAGCGAGCGGAAGCAGUCGCUGUCGCAGCGCGGGCUGCGCGCCUUCGGCGACUGCUUCGUGAUGACUACCGACACGAUAGACCAGAUGAAGUCCAGCGCGGAGAUAUUGAAGGGCGUCAAAAUUUUAAAGAGCGGAUUCUCAAGCCUGAACGCCACCCAGAAGUUGCAGCUCUUUAACCUCUUCAGCGCCGCCCAGACCAACGUGGCCACCUGCAUCGACGGCUUCUCCCAUAGCCACGCCGACAAGAAGUCCCAGGCGGACAUCCUCAAGUCCGACCUCAUGGUAUUGCAUCAUGCCGCUGGCUUCUGGCUGUCGGUAGUGGAUGCUCUGAAGGUUAAGGAGGCGGAGACGGAGAUUGUUCCCCCGGGAGAGCAGUGGCCGGCGUGGCUGUCGGACGAGGAGUGGAAAAUGCUGGUGUUUCGGAAUCCGAAGGUGGUUUUCGCGACGGUGGACAAGAACGGGGACUACAAGACGGUGUCGGACGCGGUGAACGCAUUGAGGGAGAAGAUAAGUGGGACUCCGUCCCUGGGUAAGAGGUAUGUGAUUAGGAUAAAGGCGGGGAAAUAUAUGGAGAAUGUGGUGAUACCCAAGGACAUGAAGAACUUGACGUUCAUCGGAGAUGGCUCCGACAAAACUUUUAUCAUCGCCAGCCAGAACGUCGUCGACGGCAACACCACCUUCAAUUCCGCCACCGUAGGGGUUGCCGGAGACGGCUUUCUUGCCAGCGGCAUCACAUUUGAAAACACGGCGGGGCCAUUGAAGAACCAAGCCGUGGCCCUCCGCGUGAACGCAGACCGCGCCGCCUUCUACCGUUGCAGAAUGAUCGGCUACCAGAACACCCUCUACGUUCAUUCCUUCCGCCAGUUCUACAAAACCUGCACUAUCAGAGGCACCGUCGACUUCAUCUUCGGGAAUGCGGCAGCCUUCCUCUACAACUGCUAUAUCGAGGCCCGGGUCCCCAAGCCCGGCCAGAUAAACACGAUCACCGCCCAGGGCAGCGACAACAGCAAACAGAACACCGGCAUCGUCAUUUACAGAAGCCGCAUCACAGCAGAGACAGACGCCAAGGAAAAAUUUACGACGUACCUCGGCCGGCCGUGGGGGAAGUACUCGAGGACCGUCGUGAUGCACACUGAAAUCAGUGAUGUGAUAGAUCCUGCUGGUUGGUCUGAGUGGAAGGGGAAAUUUGCUCUUGAUACUCUUUUCUAUGCUGAGUAUAAGAACACCGGCGCUGGGGCGGGGACGGAGGGUAGGGUGCAGUGGGAUGGGAUUCGGGCACUGAAGGAGGAGGAGGUGAAACCGUUUACGCUCGGGAAAUUCAUCGGUGGUGAGAGUUAGCUGAAGGGGAUCUCAUAUUUGUGUGUUUUUCAUAUGCAAUCCACUUGUAUUACGUUGUUUCUUUGUUGUUAUAUUUCCCUUCUUGUUGUGCUAAAAUAAUGAAUCAAUAAUAGAAAUGUUUCUUUCCAACACAAA